AUGACGGACAGCAGGAGGCGGCGCCAGCUCAUCCACUCCUACGCGCCAGAUUGGGCCGUCACCGCGAUUCUUGGUAUAUUAGUCAUCGCAGUGGAUGAGGUUAAUGGUUUCAAGCGUGACUUCUCUCUGCAAGACUCGAGCUUAUACCAUCCCUAUGCGGUCCAUGAACGCGUCCCGCCAGUCGCGUUGUACAUGCUUUGUGGAUUUGCGCCAUUCGCAUUUCAAUGUGUCAUCAACUAUCUUACCCUACGCUCUUGGUGGGAUGCACACAAUAGUACGCUUGGACUCGUCUUGAGUCUUGCUCUAACUGGAGCUAUAACUGAAUUCGUCAAGCUAACUGUGGGUCGGCCACGACCUGACUUGAUUGCACGAUGCAUUCCUCAAGCCGGCGCUGUGGACCCGCCUUAUGGUCUGUCCACAUACGCGAUCUGCACACAGACGGAUAGCUAUUUGAUGAGGGACGGCUGGAAAAGUUUUCCAAGUGGACAUGCCAGCUUGUCAUUCGCCGGGCUUGGCUUCCUGUCUUUCUACCUAUCUGGGAAAAUCCAUCUCUUCGACCGCAGAGGUUGUGCGCCGAAGGUAUGGGCCGCUCUUACGCCACUCUCUGUCGCUGCCCUCGUGGCCAUCUCCCGAACCAUGGACUAUCGUCACCACGCGACAGAUGUGAUCGCAGGUGCCUUGCUCGGCAUUGCUGGCGCAUACUUUGCGUACCGUCAGUACUAUCCAUCACUCGCUUCUGAGCUCUCACAUCGCCCAUACUCCCCUCGCGUUAAACGCGAGGUGCUCCUCCCUCUUCAUCAACGUGGCGAAUCACAGUCAACGUCUUUGUCAGACAGUGAGCUGCGCGAAUUGGCAAAUGAGACCGCGCCGAGAGACGAGCAAGGACAUGAGCUGUGGAAGGACGACGAGGUAGCCGAAUCCGUGCAGCCUGCUCUAUGA